AUGCUGCCCCGCUGUGCGAUCAGUGUGUGUCAUGUGUUUGUGCUGGUGCUGUGUCUGUCUUCGGCUGAGGACUUCGACUGGACAAAGAACGACCACGGCUCCUUCUAUUAUGGCACUUUUCCAGCUGGAUUUUCGUGGGGUGCCGGCGGUUCAGCCUAUCAAACAGAAGGAGCCUGGGACAAAGAUGGUAAAGGAUUGAGCAUCUGGGACGUGUUCAGUCAUAAGAAAGGCAGAAUCCAACAAAAUGACACCGGGGACUCAUCUUGUGAGGGCUACCACAAAAUCAAGGAUGAUGUUGGUCUGAUGAAGGAGCUGAAGCUUAACCACUAUCGCUUCUCCAUAUCCUGGCCUCGACUCAUCCCCACUGGCAUAAAGUCUGACCAUAUAAAUGAAAAAGGAAUACAGUACUAUAACGAGCUGAUUGACCACCUGCUGGAGAACAAGAUCACUCCCAUUGUAACUCUGUAUCACUGGGAUCUGCCACAGUUCUUACAAGAGAGAUAUGGUGGAUGGCAGAAUAUAAGCAUGGUCAAUCAUUUCAAUGAAUUUGCCAACCUGUGCUUCGAAAGAUUUGGAAACAGAAUCAAGUACUGGAUGACUUUCAACAAUCCAUGGUCUGUAGCAGUGGAAGGCUAUGAGACCGGUGAGCACGCUCCUGGUCUGAGGCUGAGAGGAACAGGCGCAUACAAAGCUGCACAUCACAUAAUCAAGGCACAUGCUAAAGUUUGGCACACUUAUGAUACACAGUGGAGGGCAAAACAAAAAGGUCUGGUGGGCAUCUCUCUGUCUGGAGAUUGGGGGGAGCCGGUGGAUAUCACCAACCAGAAAGACAUCGAAGCAGCUGAGAGAUACGUCCAGUUCUACCUGGGCUGGUUUGCCACACCCAUCUUUCAUGGAGACUACCCUCAAGUGAUGAAAGACUUUAUUGGUAGGAAGAGUGUCCAGCAGGGCCUCGGGACGUCCCGUCUGCCCAGUUUUUCCCCUCAGGAGAAGAGCUACAUCAAGGGGACGUGUGACUUCCUGGGCGUCGGUCACUUCACCACCCGCUACAUCACCCAGAAGAACCACCCCUCAGCUCGUAGCAGCAGCAGCUACUUCACUGACCGGGACCUGGCGGAGCUGGUGGACCCCCGCUGGCCGGACCCCGGCUCUGAGUGGCUCUACUCCGUGCCUUGGGGUUUCAGACGUCUGCUCAACUUUGUCAAGUCUCAGUAUGGAAACCCAAUGAUUUAUGUGACUGAGAAUGGAGUCUCUGAAAAGAUGCUUUGCACAGAGCUGUGUGACGACUGGAGGAUACAGUACUUCAAAGACUACACCAAUGAAAUGCUGAAAGCUAUCAAAGAUGGAGUCAAUGUGAAGGGCUACACCGCAUGGUCCCUGCUGGACAAGUUCGAGUGGGAUGAAGGCUACUCCGAGAGGUUUGGCUUGUACUAUGUGGACUUCAGGAACAAAAACAAGCCUCGUUAUCCCAAAGCUUCUGUCCAGUUUUACAAACGCAUCAUCAGCUCCAAUGGAUUUCCCAAUCAGAGAGAGGUUGAAAACUGGAGGAGGAAGGCAGUGGAGACGUGUUCCACCAGUAACCAGCUCCUCGCUGCAGACCCUUUGACCAGCCACAUGGAGAUGGUAACUGAGAUCGUGGUUCCCACUGUGUGCACUCUCUCCAUUUUGCUCAGUGCCGUCUUCCUCAUGUUCCUGCUGCGGAGGCGCAACUAA